AUGUUGUUGUUGUUUUGCCUCUUGGUAUUCGUUGGGUGUUCAGUUUCAACUCCAGCGCAAGAUACACGAAUAGUGGGCGGCGAGGAUGUUGACAUAAUGGAUGUACCUUAUCAGGUGUCUUUGACAUUUCGAGGCAGACACACUUGUGGGGGGGCAAUUGUCGCUAAUGAUUUAGUAGUAACUGCUGCACAUUGCCUUAUUGGUUCCUAUCCAAGGGACCUGAAAGUCCGAGUGGGUUCAUCGUCAAGUCGAACUGGUGGAGAGUUGUACCAAGUUGGGGACUAUGUAUAUCACUCUAAUUUCACCUAUAACAAAAUGGAUUGCGAUGUCGGUCUUCUAUGGUUGGAGAAACCCCUGGAGUUCAAUGAACGGGUCGCUCCUAUAGAUUUGUAUGAGCAGGGUCUAGAAAUCGAUGAUGGCGAGGAAACUAUUAUUACUGGAUGGGGUAAUUUAAGGGAAGGCGGUGGGUCUCCCAAGACACUGCAAAUAGUAUCAGUGCCAAAAGUGAACCAAGACGCUUGUGGAAACGCGUAUUCACCACUCUACAAGAUCACACCAUCUAUGCUUUGCGCAGGAUUGCCGGAGGGAGGGAAAGAUGCUUGUCAGGGUGACAGUGGCGGUCCUUUGGUCCAUGAUGGAAAAUUGGCUGGGGUGGUAUCCUGGGGUCUCGGGUGUGCAAGACCAAAGUACCCAGGCGUGUAUGCCAAGGUGUCUGCUUUAAGAAGCUGGCUCGAUGACAACGCUACAUACUUAAGACUGAAACAUAUUUUUAGAGGGCCCUUAAUGUAA